AUGAUUAGGUGCAGAUACAGUCGUAACAUUACUUCGUAUUUUAAUAUUAUUGCGUUUCUACUCUUUUAUAAUUGUGGUAUUAUAAUUCAAUUUCAAUCGUGUGUAUCAUUAUCUAGGAAUCAAAAAAUGGACGACAAUGAAAAGCCAAAAGAUAAUGCCAAUGAAGCCAGCUCAUCUAUGCCUAUAGCGUAUCAGCCUGAAUCGAAUUCCGAGACCGAAGAAGAAAAUACAAAAGGGGCAAAAGCAGCAAAUUUUUUGAUGGGUGGAUUAGUAAGUGCGUCGCCACCGAAUUUUGUUUCUCUUGAUGAAAUCAUGAAAGCUGCGAAUGGCAUGAAGAAUAUGGCAUUGGCUCACGAAAUUGCAGUCGACAAAAAUUUUCAAUUGCAAAAGCUUGAGCUCGAAGAUGGUACAUUUCACAGGAGAGUGAAAGAAAUUAUGCAUAAAGCUUUCUGGAAUGUGUUAGCCGAACAAUUAGCUGAAGAUCCUCCGAACUAUGCACAAGCAUUGGUUUUAUUAAAAGAAAUUAAAGAAACAUUGGAUGAACUCGUACCAUAUCAUGCAAAAAUUCGAGAAAAUUUGAAGGAAGUGCUCGAUGUGGAUUUAAUUAAACAACAGGCUGAAAAGGGCGUUUUGGAUUUUCAUCAUUAUGCACAAUAUGUGAUUUCAAUUAUGAGCAAAGUCUGUGCGCCUGUAAGAGACGAGAGAAUUCGCGAACUUAGUCAGAAGACAGAUGUUAUUGAGAUAUUCAAAGACAUAAUGGAAGUGCUACAAUUAAUGCGACUGGAUCUAGCUAAUUUCACCAUUACCAUGAUGAGACCGAACAUAGUUGCUUCGAGUAUCGAAUACGAGAAAGCCAAAUUCGCAGAAUUUUUAAAAGUUAAUUCAGGCGGUUUGCAUUUCACGGAAAAAUGGUUGCUGAGGCAUUUUGACUCAACUAAAGGUACAAGUGGUUCAUCAGACGUUAACGCUGUGCGUCAACUAACGCAUUCACUGGUGACCGAAGCUUACCUCGAUCUUUUGGAGUGGGACUUUAGUCCAGAUGCAGAAACUUUGAUGCUCGAUCAAGGGAGAUUACUAGAAAUGCGGGAUAAGACCAACAGAUUAAGCAUCAUAGGAUCUGUAAUAUUGCUAGUAAAUAACACUGUGGGUGCACCAAUUCAUGGAGUAUCUAGCUUUAAGAGAAAUAUUAAACAACAUCUUAAUGUACUCUUGGACUCUGUACAUUCAAACAAGGAACUGGAAACUGUGAUGCCAAAUAUUCUAUUGCAAGUGAAAACAGACUUAAAAGCAACCUUACAAGAGAUUGGUGCUACUCCUUUAUCCCCAGAAAUGGAAUCGUUGCUAGAAGGACAAAUACUGGAUCUUAUCAAUCCAGACCAUAAAAUUAGACAUCUCAUUAAUCUGAGAAUUCGACAAUUUUUACAAAAAAUAAUAUUAACUCAAUCUGCGACUCCGCAACAAGUACCGCCAGGACUUUCAUCGCUACAAGAAGAAUUAACGGCUAUAGCGGCCCAAUUUUUAAUACUUAUUUCUCAUAAUCGAAGCGUAUUUGGAGAGUACUAUCAGGAAAUUAUUAGUAAGGCACUUAUUAAAAAAGAAGAAAGUAACAAGGACACGAGUGAGGUUCAUACAAUGGAGUUGUAAAAAAAGUUAAGAUUUUAAACUAAUCCUUUGUAAGGAACACAUUAUAAAAUGUGUCCAUCAAAUAGCACAUUAAUUAAAAAAAUAAUUAUAUAUAUAUAUAUAAAAUUAACAAUUUAUUUGUUUUCAUAAUUUAAAUAUUUCUAACAAAAAAAACUAUAUACUAAAAAUAUAGAAAUAGAAGCUUUAUACAAGAAAGAUUCUGAUGUUGAUAUAAUUGACACCAUUGCACGGUUAAAAAAAUAUACGCUUUACAUGACAAAAUAAUAUUUUUACACAAAUUACAAAUACUAAUUGAUUCGUUUUCAGUAUGAUAUAAGCGAUACGUUGCAUAAUAGAAUAAGUUAACUACAGCUUAAUUUCCAUUGUUUAGUAUGUACUGCCAACUACGAGUUCUUUUCUGUCUUUGGUGCUUCAACAUGUUUUCCAACUAUUAUUUUAAGCACUGCAGUCAAAAACUAAUGUAACAUAUAUUUGUACAUACAUGCUAAAAUAAAUUAAAUCAAUCUGUAAUUAAAUUA